UCAUCAGCAUUUUGUGGUGCUCUUAAGAUUAUUGAAGGUGGCAGAAAAGACGCCGUUUUAAGGUGGCUUUAUGAAAUUCGUCAAGCAUCAAAUUCAACACAACGAUCCGUUCGUUUUCACGCAUUACUUCUACUUCAUGCUCUUCGAAGUGAUGAUCUUCAUGCGUCUGCUCAAUUAUCGAGUACAUUAGAACCAUCUAAGAGCAUUCUUGAACAAUGCAUCCAAAUCUCGAUUGCUACACAAACUCUCAAGCUCAAACAAACCGAUCAAGUUAUGAAUUUCUUACGUCAAUCAAUCAAUUCUAAUUCACCACAAACAUGUCUUGAAACCAUUCGUAAAUGCGGUUCAUACUUACCUAACGAGUCCGCCACUGCGAUUUUUUCAUUCUUUGGUGGUUCAAUUCUUCGGUCGUUCGCCGCAGUCCGUACUAUUGCAAAUUCGACAAACAUCCAAGUCUAUUCAUCACUUCUUCCACAAAUCAUCGAACUUACUAAGCACAGCAACAGCUCUCUUGCCGCCCUUGCCAGCAUCUGCGUUCUUCGUCUUGGCGAUGAAUCACACAUGGACAUCGCUACUAAGCGUAUCCUUAAGAACUGCAAGAAAUGGGCUACACCACUUCUUAAAUCAGUUGCACAAGAGGCAUGUGUCUUUGCUGGCAAGUACAAAUCGGACAAGUUAACAGACGUCGCAGUUUUACUUCUCAAAUACACGAAUGACAAGAAAUCUAAGUUCUCGAUCCUUCGAUCUCUUCUUACUACAGAAGGUAUCCCUCGUUCACAACUUCUUCCUAAGCUUUCCGAGUAUUUAGAAGACUGGGACACUGUUGAUGUUGCACGUACUAUCUGUGAUUUCAUUGGUGGACAAGUUGAAUCAUUGGAAGAUCCAGAAGGUAUCAUUCCGGUUCUUUUUAACCGUGUUAACUUAGAUGUUUCAUCAGUUCGCAUGGCCGCUCUUAACACACUUUCAUGUAUUGCAUACAAAUGCGAAGGGAUGAAAGAAAAGAUUUUACCACUUUUAUCACUUUUUGUUGAUGACGAAGAUGACAUUGUUCGCGAGCAUGUUUUGUUAUUAAUCCAUGCAUUGAAGAGCUGUUUAGACAUGUCAACUAUUCUGACUGAAUUCCAUAUGGUUUCAGACGAAACGGACGACAUCUCACACGACGAACAUGUUUCAGAUAAUUCAGAACAAACAACAGAUCUUCAACAAGUCACCGACGAAACUACAUUUAUUCCCGUUGAGUUUGACGAUAACAUCAAACGUAAGUAUGGUGAUAUUAUCCGUAAAACGGAUGCUAUUGACCUCACUGAUCGUGAUGAAGAGUUUGUUGUUUCAUAUUUCGUUAACAUCUUCAAGAAACACAUUAUUUUAGAGUUUAUUGUCACUAACACGAUUGAAGACAAAGUAUAUAAUGACUUGUCUAUCAGAUUGAGUGACAUCGAUGUUUUAGAUGACUCAAAUGAAUACGUUGCCAAACAAGUUGGUUAUCAACAAACAGUCUCCACAUGUUUAGUCCUUGAACGUAGUCAAAGUCAUCUUUGUUUCGGCACAUUCAGUGCUAAACUCGAAUACACGGAUUCCGAUGUUGGCUCGGAAGAUGAGUACAAUUUGGGGGAUGUUUAUUUAGGUCCCGAAUUUUGGUGCGAGCCUAUCUCAGUUGAUUUCGAGCGUGAAUGGGAUAACGAACAAUAUAUUAAAUGCACAAAAGCAUUUGUUAUGUCUAAUGACAAAGACACCGAAUCUGCUGUUAAGCGCAUCGAAGACGAUUUCUCAUGGCUUCAUUUUGUUUGUAAAGGCGAAAACUCUAAGAACACGGCUAUUAUUCUUGAUUUCAGUGGUCAAAUGAUCGACAACGGUCCUUUUGUUCUUGUUCGCACCGAAGUUGGUUCAUCCAAGUCCAAAGGCAUUAUUUGUCGUGUUACUGUUAAGACCUCAUCCAAUGAUUUAUGUCAGAAACUGAUUCACUCUUUCUUCCGCUAA